CCCACCCCCCACCCCCGCUGACUCCGAGCGCCGCUCGCCUUGUCUGUUUCUCUUCGGAGCCAUGGCUGGGGGGGCGCCUGUCCAGCAGGCUAUGGAGUGUGAUGCGGAGCCGAGGUCUCUCCUGCCUUUCCAGUCCCUUGUGAACCUCAAGCAGGCCACUACGCGGGAGAUGCAGGUGCAAACGUCAGAGGCUUCCAUGUGGGCGGCGGUGGCUGCCAUCCAGGCCAUCGACAAAACGGUUGACAACCACAGCAUGCGCUUGCUGCGCUUGGAAGGCAGGAUGGGGUCAGCAGAGAAGAAGCUGGGGGCCUGUCAAAAGACCUCGACAGAAAUGGAGAGCCAGCUGGAGAGCAAGUGGGCUGCGCUGGGGACCUUAACUGAGGAGUACAGGCAGCUCCAGAAGAGACUGGAGAACAUGGAGAAUCUGCUGAAGAAUCGCAAUUUCUGGAUCCUGAGAUUCCCCCCUGGUGUGAAGGGAGAAACGCCCAAGGUUCCAGUGACCUUCGAUGACCUCUCGGUCCAUUUCAACGAGAAGGAAUGGGGAGACAUGGACGAGUUGCAGAAAGAGUUGUACAAGACAGUCAUGAAAAGCAACUACGAGAUGCUGGUCUCGCUGGACUAUGCCGUCGCCAAGCCAGAGAUCCUGACUCGGAUUGAGCAGGGAGAAGAGUUGUGUGAGAAAGGACUUGGAGAUUCAGAAGGCAGUGGUGUCCCUGAACAACUUGACGCAGACUGCCCCACUGCUCCAGUCGAUGUUUCUUUGUGGCUUAAACAAGAGGUGGAGGAAUCCCAGAAUGGGGAGGCUAAGCUUCCUGAGGAGACGAGCAAUGGCUGCCACAUGGGUUCUCCCAUGGAUGUAGUAGAGUCAUCCUCGUGGAUUAAAGAGGAAGUGGAAGAGGUGCGCUUUGCUCCUGAGGAUGGCCAGGAAAGAGAUCUCGUCCACAAAGGUAGCCUGGAAUACCAAACUGUCACAGUGGACGAAGAGCACAUGGCGGGACCCCAGGAAGGCAUGUGUGCACAGGAGCCAUUGUUCCUUGGUGAAGGGCCAAGCACUGGUCCAGCCCCCUUUCUGACUUGGGUUGACGCCGCUGGCGACAUGGAGCACGUCCUGCGCGAGCAACACCGAGGGCGUUUUUACGAAAUGAUGGAGGAGAUCCUGUCCACCAAGCGAGAGGACAACAACAGUUACAUUAACCGCGAAAGAUACAGGACUUUGAUCGAAGAGGUCAAGGAGGCGAAGAGGCUCCGCAGCAAAAAGGGCAAGCAUUACCGCCGGCUGAGGCGCUUCAACGUCCUUAACAUCGGCGAAGAAGAGAAAUUGGUGGUGCCCGUCUCCCCUGGGCACACCGAGGUCGUGUACUUCGUGCAGUACGAGGACUUGUUUGACAUCCUGCACGCGGCACAUAUCGCCAUCGGCCACGGAGGUCGGACCAGGAUGCUGAAGGAACUCAGCCGUAAGUACAAAAACGUCACUGCUGAGGCUGUAAUGACUUACCUGAAGCUUUGCGAGCUGUGUCAGAAAAAGCAAGGCGGUCCCAAGAAGGGCUUUGCCGCAAGGCCCACGUUUCACAGCGAAAGGGAUUCCCGUUGUUCGUUUGAUAUAAUUUACAUGUAGCAGGAUCGGGAUGUAAACUCA